AUGGCUCCCUUGAGCCUCAAAGCCCUCACGGUGGCAGCCCUCGCGGGUCUAGCUCCGUUAGUCUCCGCCAUUGGCCAGAAGCAGAUCAUCACGUUCGAGUCUUCGGACGACACUUUCCAGAUCGCCGGCGGCGACAUCGGGGCCGGUCAGAUCCGCGUGUCUAAGGACGAAUACUGGGGCGUUGUCCGCGCCGCGGGCGAUCUCGCUAUCGACUUUGGUCGCGUUACGGGCACAAACUACACGCUUAGCAAUGGAGAGGCGGACGCGUCCCCUGCCGAGUACAAGUUUAAGCCGGCUGAUGUGUCGGAUAACACGGUUUACAAGGUAUUAGACGAGGAAUCCUUCGCCGGCCCCGCAUACUCUGACCCCAAUCCGGCCAAGACCAUCAUUCUCGCGGGAACUAUCGGCAAGUCUUCCCUCAUCGACGGCCUCGUCGAGGGCGGUAAGAUCGAUGUCUCUGAGAUCAAAGGCGAAUGGGAGGCGUUUCUCAGUGUGGUCGUCGAGAACCCUAUCGAGGGUGUCGAGAAGGCUCUCGUCAUUGCCGGCGCCGAUCCCCGUGGUACGAUUUUCGGUAUCUACGAUGUUAGCGAGCAGAUUGGUGUGAGUCCUUGGUAUUUCUGGACUGAUGUCCCGACCAAGAAGCACAAGGACAUCUACGUCCUCUCCAAGGGCAAGGUGCAGCAGUCACCUUCGGUCAAGUACCGGGGCUUCUUCUUAAACGAUGAACAGCCGGGUCUCACGAACUGGGUUGCCUCCAACUUCCCCGAUGCCUGGAACGGCGCGGCUGGUUACACACACGAAUUCUGGAGUCUCGUCUGCGAGCUGCUUCUCCGUCUCCGCGCCAACUACUUCUGGCCCACUCUCUGGGGAUCCAUCUACUACACUGAUGAUCCCAAGAACCAACCGCUCGCCGAUGCCUACGAAGUUGUCCUCGGCUCGUCCCACACCGAGCCGCUCAUGCGUGGUCAGAACGAGUUCCGGACUUACUACGAGGGCCCGUGGGCUUACAACCUCAACAACGAGACGAUCGAUGAUUACUUCCGUGUCGGUGCUCUUCGUGCCAAGCCCUAUGCCAAGAAUAGCUUGUUCACCAUGGCGAUGAGAGGAACUGGCGAUACCGAGAUCGAGGGUGGCCUUGGCCUCAGCGCCCUUCUGGAGAUGCUCGAAGAGCUUGUCGCCAAUCAGCGAUCCAUCAUCGAAGACGCACUCGAGGUUAACAUAACCACCGUCCCGCAGACCUGGUGUCUCUACAAGGAAGUCCAGACCUACCAAGAAAAGGGCCUCCAUGUCCCCGAGGACAUUACCCUCCUCUGGUCCGACGACAACUGGGGCAACGUUCGCCGCCUCCCUCUGGCCAACGAGACUGAACGCUCCGGCGGCGCGGGUGUCUACUACCACUUCGACUACGUCGGUGACCCGCGCGACUACAAGUGGAUCAACACCAUCCAGCUCCAAAAGACCGCCGAGCAGAUGCAUCUAGCCAAGUCCCGCGGCGCCGACCGCAUCUGGAUCGUAAACGUCGGCGAUCUCAAGCCCCUCGAGAUCCCCAUCACCCAUUUCCUCGACCUCGCGUAUGACACUGACCGCUGGGACGUCGACAGCACGUCUGAGUGGCUUGAGGCCUGGGCUGAGCGUGAGUUCGGACCCAAGUUCGCCAAGGAUAUUGCCCACGUCGUGAACCGAUAUGGCCUCUACGCCGCUCGCCGCAAGUUUGAGCUCCUCGAGCCCCAUGUAUACAGCGUCAUCAACUACUACGAGGCCGAGUCUGUCCUUGCUCAGUGGGCCGAGCUACGUCGGGAUGCUCAGUCUAUCUAUGACAAGCUCGACAAGGAAUUCCAGCCCGCUUAUUUCCAGGUCGUCCUUCACCCUAUUCGUGGUGGUGAGAUUGUCCAUCAGAUCAACGUUGCCGCCGCUCGCAACAAUUUGUACGCGGGUCAGAAGAGGAACUCCGCCAACGGCUUGCUUCAGUAUAGCAUUGAUCUCUUGUAUGCAGAUGGCAACCUUACUCAGGAGUGGGAUAAGCUCCUCGAUGGCAAAUGGGCACACAUGCUCGACCAAACCCACAUCAACUAUGACGGUUACUGGCAACAGCCCAUGCGAAACACCCUCCCCGCCCUCUCCUUCGUCCAAAAUACCGUCAACUCCCUCGCCGGCCACGUCGGCGUCGGCGUCGAAGGCUCCAACGCCACAGUCCCCGGCGACGACAAAUGGCACGGCAACACCGUCAGCGACCUCGUCCUCCCGCCCCUGGAACCCCACGGCCCCGCCUCCCGCUACUUCGACGUCUUCUGGCGGGGCACCGAUACCUGCGAGUGGAGCGCCGCCCCUGAAGUGUCGUGGCUCAAGCUGUCCCAGGAUAGUGGCAAGGUCGGUUCCGAUGGAGGUGAGGAUGUUCGCGUGCUUGUUUCCGUUGAUUGGGAGAGUGUGCCCGAGGACUUUACGGAGAAGACGCUGUACAUCAACGUCACUACUCCUUGUCGUAAUUUCGACAGGUUCGCCUACCAGGAGCCCCGCGUCAUGGUCCCCGUCAUCAAGAGAUCCCCACCUCCCGAGGAAUUCAAGGGUUUCGUCGAGUCCGACCGCGUCGUCUCCAUCGAGGGCGAGCACUACCAGUCCAUCGUCCCCGGCACUAAGGACGACAAAGCCCUCACGUACCACACCUUCAAAAACUACGGCCGCACCUCCUCUGGCGUGGGUCUCGUGCCCCUCGGUAUCGAGAAGCUCAAGGUCGGCGAGGGCCCCGCGCUCGAGUACAACCUAUAUCUCUACACCAACACCACCGCCAACGUCACGCUUCACCUCUCCCCUUCGCACAACUACCUCGGUGACUUCGACCCUCUGCAGUACGCCAUCGCUCUCUUCCCCAAGGGCUCCGAGGACGUCGAACCUACGAUCGUCACCCCCGUCGGCAAGACCGAAGGUACGCAGAUGCCCGCCUUCUGGGGCUAUUCCGUCGCCGACGCCGUCUGGGGUCUCCGCUCCAACAUUACUACCUCGUCCUUCGAGGUAGAGAAGGAGGGUGAGUACGUCCUGCGCAUCUGGUCGCUUCUCCCUAGCAUCAUCGUCCAGAAGAUCGUCGUCGAUCUCGGCGGCUUGCGGCCUUCGUACCUCGGCCCGCCGGAGUCGUUCCUCGUUGGGAGAGAUAAUGUUGGGGAGAGGAACGGGACUAGUUUUAGGGAUGCGCCGAAUGUGGUUGGGGGUGUGAAGAGUGCCCUUACUGCGGAGGAGGAGGAGAAGAGUUCUGCGGCGAGGUUGGGUGGUGUUUCGUGGGUUGUUGCUGUUGUGGGUGUUCUUGCUUGGUUGACACUCUAA